CAAUGGCGGUUGUAGUCACAACUGUAGCAUAAUUCCUGGGGAAGGCUUCAUGUGCUCCUGUCCCCUGGGCAUGGAGUUGGGAGCUGACAACAAGACCUGCCAGAUCCAGAGUUUCUGCGCCAAACACCUCAAGUGUAGCCAGAAGUGCGAGCAGGAGAAAUCCAGCGUCAAGUGUUCCUGUUAUAAGGGCUGGGAGCUGGAGUCUGACAUGGAGAGCUGCAAAAGCACUGAUCCCUUCAAGCCUUUCAUCAUCUUCUCCAACCGUCAUGAGAUCAGAAGGAUUGAACUUCACAAGGGGGAGUUCAGUGUGCUGGUACCAGGCCUGAGGAACACCAUUGCCUUGGACUUUCACCUCAACCAGAGCACCCUAUACUGGACUGAUGUUGUGGAGGACAAGAUCUACCGUGGGAAACUGUCUGAAAAUGGAGCCUUGACCAGUUUUGAGGUGGUGAUCCAGUACGGACUGGCUACUCCUGAGGGCCUGGCUGUGGACUGGAUAGCAGGAAACAUCUACUGGGUGGAAAGCAAUCUGGACCAGAUUGAGGUGGCCAAACUGGAUGGGACCAUGAGAACCACCCUUCUGGCCGGGAAGGUGGAGCAUCCCCGAGCCAUCGCCCUCGACCCUCGUGAUGGUAUCCUGUUUUGGACAGACUGGGAUGCCAGUCUGCCUAGGAUUGAGGCCGCAUCUAUGAGUGGUGAAGGCAGACGCACAAUUCAUAGGGAAACGGGCAGUGGUGGCUGGCCCAACGGGCUCACUGUAGACUACAUGGAAAGGCGCAUUGUCUGGAUUGAUGCCAGGUCAGAUGCUAUCUACUCUGCUAUGUAUGACGGUUCUGGGCUGAUUGAAGUGUUGCGGGGUCAUGAGUAUUUGUCCCACCCCUUUGCGGUUACUAUGUAUGGAGGCGAGGUCUACUGGACUGACUGGAGGACUAACACUCUGGCCAAAGCCAACAAAUGGACAGGACACAAUGUCACUGUAGUCCAGCGGACCAACACGCAGCCCUUUGACUUGCAGGUGUAUCAUCCAUCCAGACAACCUCAGGCUCCCAACCCAUGUGCCACCAGUGGUGCUAAAGGCCUUUGCUCUCACCUCUGUCUCAUCAACUUCAACCAGACCUUCUCCUGUGCCUGCCCUCACCUGAUGAAGCUACAGCCUGACAAACGCACCUGCAAAGAGUCCCGCAAGUUCCUCCUUUACGCUCGUCAGAUUGAAAUCCGAGGCGUCGACAUCGACAAUCCUUACUACAACUACAUCAUUUCCUUCACUGUACCAGACAUAGACAAUGUAACUGUGGUAGACUAUGAUGCUGUGGAGCAUCGCAUCUACUGGUCAGAUGUCCGAACACAGACAAUCAAGAGAGCUUUCAUCAACGGCACCGGAGUAGAGACUGUUGUGUCUGCUGACCUUCCUAAUGCCCAUGGGCUGGCAGUAGACUGGGUGUCCAGGAACCUUUUCUGGACCAGCUAUGAUGCCAAUAAGAAGCAGAUCAAUGUGGCCAGACUGGAUGGAUCUUUCAAAAAUGCUGUCAUCCAGGGUUUAGACAAGCCCCACUAUUUGGUGGUGCACCCUCUACUGGGAAAGCUGUACUGGACUGAUGGUGACAACAUAAGCAUGGCUAAUAUGGAUGGUAGCAACCGCACCACACUUUUCACCAGUCAGAAAGGACCAGUGGGCCUCUCCAUUGACUAUGAUAAAGAACAGCUAUACUGGAUCAGCUCAGGAAAUGGCACCAUCAACCGUUGUCAGCUGGAUGGAUCUAAACUGGAGAUACUGGAAGGUGUUAAAGGCAAACUUACCAAGGCUACUGCACUGGCUAUAAUGGGAGACAAGCUGUGGUGGGCAGACCAGGCAACUGACCAGAUAGGAACAUGUGACAAGAAGGAUGGAGGAAACUGGAAGGUUAUGCGAAACAGCACCUCCCCAAUGAUGCACAUGAGGAUCUAUGAUGAGGAUGUGCAGAAAGCCGGGAUAAACCUAUGCAGCAAUAACAAUGGCGACUGCUCCCAGCUUUGCUUGCCUACUUCACUAACGACCAGGGCCUGUAUGUGUACUGCUGGGUAUAGCCUCAAGAGAGGACAACAGUCUUGUGAAGGUAUGGGCUCGUUCUUGCUUUAUUCUGUUCAUGAGGGAAUUCGAGGGAUACCACUUGACCCAGCAGACAAAUCUGACGCCUUGGUCCCAGUGUCGGGCACCUCUCUGGCUGUCGGCAUUGACUUCCAUGCCGAGAAUGACACCAUCUACUGGGUGGACAUGGGACUCAGCACCAUCAGCAGGGCUAAGAGAGACCAAACAUGGAGAGAAGAUGUUAUCACCAAUGGCAUCGGGAGGGUGGAGGGCAUCACUGUUGACUGGAUAGCAGCGUGGAAUCCCAGCAAAGCACCGGAGCCUCCGAUCGCCGACAGAAACCACCACCCUCCGGCACCAUGGUCUCUAGCACUGGAGACAGUGAACCACGUCUCCCAGUCGGCUACUGACUCUGCUCUUUUUCUCUUCCCGGGUCCUGUGCUCUUCCUUCUGCCUUCGCUGCCAGUCAGCCCUCCGAGCCUGCAUCAAGCUGAUAAUCAGGAGGGGCUCACUCGGCAGGUAGCCCAGCUCGCCACGUCACUAGCUCACCUCAGCGCUACUGUCACCACCGCACCCUCCAGCGCUUCUUCCUCCCAGCACAGCCCGGGCAACGAGCCUCACAUCCCGGACCCCGAGCCGUUCUCCGGGGAGUUAGACAAGUGUCGGGGAUUCGUAUUACAGUGUCAUCUGGUAUACAGUCAACAACCACGAGCUUAUCGCUCCAACCGGACCCGUAUUAACUACGCUAUAAAUCGGCUUCGUGGCCGUGCCCUGUCCUCGGCUGAGUCCAUGAACGCCCAGGGCCGCUUUAUAGGAGCCACUAGUGCCGAAUUUUUUCACGAGUUACAGACCGUUUUUGACCAUUCCGACUAUCAGGGUAGCGCCAUUAGACGGUUAAUGGCUCUAAAACAGGGGUCGCGCAGUGUCAAGGAGUAUGCCGUUGAAUUCCAGAUGCUGGCGGCGGAGGCAGGUUGGAACGAUCAGGCGCUCAGGGGAGCGUUCUGGCAGGGCCGGCAGGAGCAUCUUAAGGACAUACUCGCCACAAGAGACGAGCCGGCCACGUUUGCUAAACUGGUGGCAAUGGCUAUCAAGAUGGACAACCGUCUACGUGAACGCCGCAACGAGAGGAACAGCCAGACUGGCCGGCCCAGGUCUGGAGAGCAUAGUCUCAGAGCCGCCAGGGUACCAGGGCCUGGCCCAGAACCCCAGUCCGGGAUCGGAGAAACGUCCACAUCGGAGGAGGAGCCAAUGCAAGUGGGACGAACCCGACUCACACCCAAGGAGCAGGCGUGGCGUGUCAGGACAGGAGCAUGCCUUUACUGUGGCGGCCAGGACCAUUAUCACAGUGAAUGGGAGCAAACCUAA